AUGAAUGACACAAACUACUUCUUUGAGAAAACAAGCAUGUCAUGGAAGAAGAACAUAAGGAAGAGAGCAGCUAGAAACUUUCAUGGAAAGUCCUUCUGCAUAAUAAGGAUUCCUUGGAGGUCAGAAUUUUCCACCAUUGAGUUUCUAAAGGGUGUUGCAGAAAGAGUGAAAAAACUUAUGUGCUGUUCAUCUGUGAGAAAAUCUUCGAACCGAGUUUCGUCUUCAAUGGAAAGAUCAAAGACCAUAGGGAUUUCUGUUGUUGAUUAUUAUAGGGCAGCUGCUGUUGAGGAUUGCAUUGAGUUCAUCCACAUUCAUUCUUCCUUUUCUAGAUCAAAUUCUUUAACCAUGGCGCCUCGAGAAGAAUUUACGCAUUCUUCUUUAAGGAAAUUUGAUCAUAGAACCUGA